AUGGCAAUCUUCCCCCUCCCCCCCGGCCUCGCCGCCCGCCUCAACAUCCCGCCAACCUACCGAACCGCGACCGAAGACACCGCACCACCCGCUUACAUCGCGCCCCUGAACCGCAUCUCCACCUUCCGCCCCGAGUCAAUCCCGCUCCCCCCGUCCCCCGCACCAGCACCAUCAACGCAACAAAUCCCACCCCCGGAAUACUCCCCCUCGGUCUACUCGCAGCAACGCCUCUCGCACCACCUACCCGACCCGGACCCCGCCGCCCUGGGCUUCCCCAGCUCGCCCCGACGGCCGUCCGCGGGUAAAGUGGAGCAGCAGCAUGCGGGUCACUUCAAGGAGAGCUGGACGGAUCUUUCGAUGCGGGUGGAUCUGGAAGCUGGUCGGGAGGGGGCGAAGGGGGAGCCUGGGAAGAGAAGUGUUUUCAGGCUGUAUCCGCCGGUCAAGGAGGGGGAGGUGGAGCGGCUGUAUUGGAAGAGGGCGGUGGUGGCGUUGGGGAUUUCGAUGGUGGUUGCGGUGGUGGUGGUGGUGGCGGUGUGUGUGGGGAGGAGGUCGUGA